UUUUCGAUUAUUAGAUAAUAAACCAAUAUAAUAUUUUUGUUAAGACUUGAGCGUACAAAUUGACACAAAUUUGGCCUCGAGGUCGCUCAUGCCUGAUAUGAGAGAUCUUCGCAUGUGAAGCAGAUCUUUCGACAAUUCGCACGUGCGAGAAUCAUAAGGUCUCCCAAUAUUUCUAAAAAGAAGUCCUGAAAAGCCUUACUAUAUAUCUACAAUCAUUUUUCUCGGCACAGGGGGAUAAAGAAAAAUGGGAUCUCCUGCCGUUUCUAGCGGACAGAAACCACACGUAGUGUGCGUGCCUUAUCCGGCUCAAGGGCACAUCAAUCCGAUGCUAAAAGUAGCUAAACUCCUCUACGCCAAAGGCUUUCACGUCACCUUCGUCAACACCGUCUACAACCACAACCGUCUCCUCCGCUCCCGUGGUCCCAACGCGCUUGACGGGCUUCCUUCGUUCCGUUUUGAAUCCAUCCCUGACGGUCUACCGGAGACUGAUGGCGACAGGACGCAGGAUACCCCUUCCGUUUGUGUCUCCACCGAGAAGAACUGUCUCGCUCCAUUCAAGAAGCUUCUCCGGCGGAUCAAUAACGGAGAUGAUGUUCCUCCGGUGAGUUGUAUUGUAUCGGACGGUGUGAUGAGUUUUACUCUUGACGCCGCAGAGGAACUCGGUGUCCCGGAGGUUAUUUUUUGGACCAACAGUGCUUGUGGUUUUAUUACUUUUCUACACUUUCAUCUUUUUAUCGAGAAGGGUCUAUCUCCUUUUAGAGAUGAAAGUUACAUGUCUAAGGAGCAUCUAGACACAAUUAUAGAUUGGAUACCGUCGAUGAAGAAUCUUAGGUUAAAGGACAUCCCUAGCUACAUCCGUACCACUAAUCCUAACAACAUAAUGCUCAAUUUCCUCAUCCGAGAGGUCGAGCGAUCCAAACGCGCUAGUGCUAUCAUUCUCAAUACGUUUGAUGAUCUCGAGCAUGAUGUUAUCCGGUAUAUGCAAUGUAUUUUACCUCCGGUUUAUUCGAUAGGACCGCUCCAUCUCUUAGUGAACCAAGAAAUCGACGAGGCUAGUGAAAUAGGACAGUUGGGGUUAAAUCUGUGGAGAGAGGAGACGGAAUGUUUGGAUUGGCUCGAUACUAAAACUCCAAACAGUGUUCUUUUUGUCAAUUUUGGAUGUAUAACGGUGAUGAGUGCAGAACAGCUUGUGGAGUUUGCAUGGGGGUUGGCCGCAAGUGGGAAAAACUUUUUGUGGGUCAUUCGGCCUAAUUUAGUGGUCGGAGAGGCUAUGGUGGUUCCCUCAGAGUUUUUAGCGGAGACGGCAGACCGGAGAAUGCUGGCAAGUUGGUGUCCUCAGGAGAAAGUCCUUUCCCACCGGGCUAUCGGAGGAUUCUUGACGCAUUGCGGGUGGAAUUCAACAUUAGAACUCUCCGGUGGUGUUCCAAUGAUAUGUUGGCCAUGUUUUUCGGAGCAGCCUACUAAUUGUAAGUUUUGUUGUGAUGAGUGGGGAGUGGGUAUAGAGAUCGGAAAAGAUGUGAAGAGAGAGGAGGUCGAGAGGGUAGUUAGAGAGCUCAUGGAUGGAGAGAAGGGAAGAAAGCUAAGAGAAAAGGCGGAAGAGUGGCGGUGCUUAGCAGAGGAAGCGACUAAGCAUAAACUUGGUUCGUCGGUCAUGAAUUUUGAGACGCUUAUAAAUAAAUAUUUCUUAUAAUCUUUAAUAAGACGAACAAGUAUUGUAAUGCGGUAGUUAAUUACACAUUAUAUGAUGAUCAUAUUAGUGGUAGACCUUGGACCAUUCUAUAGAUGUGUUUUACUGGUA